AUGGGGUCGGAGAUCGAUGAGCGCUUCGAGUUUGACGCGCCCCGGUUCUAUGACUUCCAGACCAUGACCUCCGACUGCAGCCCUGCGGACGUGUGGUUUGACACUGCUCCCGAGGGACCUGGCAAGCGGCCGGCAGGGCCUGACGGUAACCGCGAGCCGUUCAAGAGCCUGCAGACCGGCGGCGACCAGGGCGCCACGCAGCAGGGCGAGCCGCCGGCCGCGCAGGCUCCCAAGGAGAAGAGCAAGACAGCAGAUGCUGGCGACGCGGCCGCCGGCCCCUCCAAGACCCAGAGCGCGUCCAACAUUGUCACCUCCUGGGGUGACGCCACCCGCGCCGGCAUCAAGCGCACGCGGUCCCAGGCGGACGAGAAGCCGUCUGCGGGCGAGCAGCCCCCUGCUCGCGGCGCCGGCGCACAUGCCACCGGCGCCCAGGGGCCCUCCACCACGCGCAGCGCCGCCGGGCCCGGCGCUCACGGGACCGGCGCCGCUGCUGCGGGCGCUGCAGGGCCCAGCUCCCGGGGCCCCAGCGCCGCCGACGCCGGGCCCUCGAGCCGCGCGCCGCCCGCGGCCGGCGACGCCGGCGCGGGCGGCCACAAGGCGCGGCGCGUGAGCGCGCAGCCGGCGGCGCCGGCGUCGGCGGAGAAGCGUGCGGAGCCGCCGGUGACGCGCAGCAUGUCGCGGCUGCUGCGGCUCGCGUUCACGCCCAUCCCUGAGCGCAAGGCGAAGCACUUCAGCCCGCCGAAGACCCGCAACGCCCGCACCACCGCCAAGCCGCGCACGCCCUCGCACAAGCGCGGCGCGCGCGACGCCGGCGCGCGGCUGCACCGGGUGCUGGGUGCCAAGAUCUCCAAGCCCAGCCGCUCCACCAAGCCGCUGACUCUGCCGGAGGACAUGGAGCUCGCCACCACCAAGAGGGCCGCGCGCGGCGCCAAGGCGGGCGACCAGGCACCCGCGGCCAGCCCCUACAAGUCCCUGGCUGAGAAGGUGCACGACUUCCAGUCCAAGACGCCGCAGCGCUUCAGGGCGCAGCCCAAGGGCGCCGCGGGCCAGCGCACCGGGUCGGCGGGGGCGAGCAGGGGCGGGGCGCGGCAGCAGGCGCAGCAGCAGCAGCAGCAGCACCAGCCGCAGAUCACGGAGGCCAAGACGCCUGUGCUGUGGACGUCCACGCGCGCGCGGCCGCGGCGCUUCAAGACGCGCGAGGAGGAGGAGGAGGAGGCGAUGCAGCACGAGAGGGAGGCGGGCUUCCACGCGCGGCCCGUCGACCCCGCGGUGAUGAGCGGCGCCGCCGCCGCCCGCACCAACCCGCCGGACGCCGCGCGGCGCCCGCUGACGGAGGUCAAGCCCUUCGCGUUCGCCGUCGACCGGCGCGCGCUGUCGCGCUCCCGCGGCCGCGCGUCUGUCGCCGAUGGCGGCGGCGAGGGGCUCGCACGGGACGGGCCGCAGACGCGGCUGCGGGCGUCGCAGGCUGGGGGCGGCGGCCGCAGCAUCCUGGACGGCGGGAUCCUGGGCGCCGCAGCGCCAGGCGCCGGCGCCGGCGCGCGCCCCAACCGCCCGGUCUCUGCCGGGCGGCAGCGGCCCGCGGCGGCGGGGCAGGAGCGCCCGGCCUCGGCCGGGCGCGCGCGGCCCAGCCUGACGAUCCCCAAGUCGCCGCUGCUGCGCACCAAGAUCCGCCACCACUCGCCGCCGCAGCAGCGCGCGCUGCCCAAGACAGAGUUCAAGGCCCGCCCCGCGCCCACCUUUGACGCCAUUGGCGCCACUGCUGUGCCCUACGUGCCCCCCAAGGAGGUGACCCACCCACAGCCGUUCCACCUGAUGACAGACGACCGCCACAGGCAGCACGAGGCGCAGCAGCGCGCCAAGCUGGAGGAGCAGCGCCGCAUGGAGGAGCGCAGGCGGCGCGUGUCUGCGCGGCCGCUGCCGCUGACGACGGACAUGCCCGCGGUGCCGCCGCGGCCGGCGCCCAGGGAGCUCACGCUGCCGGCGCCAUACAGGCUGCGCAGCGAGGCGCGCCACAUUGACGCGGUCCACAAGCACCAGGAGGACCUGGCGCGCGAGGAGGAGGAGCGCCGCAGGGCCGCCGAGUUCAAGGCGCGCGGCUUCCCGGGGGGGAUAGCGAGCUCCCAUGCGCCGCUGUAG